AAAUAAAACAAGACACAACAAAAAAAGGAAUAACAGUUAAUGUUUACUUACAACACAUAUCCCCGGUGGACAACAUGAAGAACGCAGCUCUCCUGGUUGCAACCGCCGCGGCGAGCGUUACUGCAGUCCGCGUAGCUGAAAUUCCGCAUAAGCAAGUCUCCACUGAGUCGCAACCACCGACCACCGAUCCCGGCUUCCUAUCCUUUCCUAUAUACCACAGACCAGUAUCGAAACCCAUCUUGAAGCGAAACACCGACGUUACCAUUUAUAACAUCUCAUCAGUCAGCUAUCUUGUACAGUUGAGUAUAGGAACACCUGGCCAGCAGGUCAAGGUUGCCUUAGACACGGGCUCUGAUGAGCUUUGGGUGAAUCCCGUCUGCUCUUCGGUCAAAAGUCAAGAUCAAAAGCAAGAGUGUUUGGAUGAUGGCCAGUAUAAUCCGGGGCAGUCGAGCACUGCACAAGCCUCAACAACAUCCAACAAUAUUCCAUAUGGAAAAGGAGAUGUGAACGUUACAUACUACAAGGACUCGAUAUCAAUGCCCAACAGCAGCAUCUCCCUUACCAAUGUCAUUUUUGGCGUUGCUACGUCCAGCCAGGACCUCAACGAGGGCAUCAUGGGCCUAGGGUACGGCAACGGCGUGAACCUCCAGUACAAUAACAUGGUGGACAACCUCUUCGUCCAGAACGUGACCAAGAGCCGGGCGUUUUCCGUGGCCCUGGGAUCGGCAGAUGCCAGCAACAGCGGCGUCAUUUCUUUUGGGGGCGUCGACACCAAAAAGUUCUCGGGCAAGCUCGCACAGAUGCCGAUCCUGGGCCCGCAGGGCAAGGAGCAGAUUCGGAGGUACUGGGUGUCGAUGGACAGCAUCGGACUGACCAAAAGCGGCAGCAACAAGACGUACAGCGGGGGCAACAUGGCCAUCGUCAUCGACUCGGGGUCCACGCUCAGCUACCUCCCGUCUAGCGUGGUCACGGCCAUGGCCAUAGACACCAACGCGCUGUGGAACUCGGAUGGAGGGGUCUACUUUGUCAAGUGCGACAAGAUACCGACCGAGGCCUCGUUUGACUUUAGCUUCAACAACGGUACCUUCAAGAUCAGCGUGCCCUGGCGCAACUUCUUUUGGAACACGGGCGGCAACACCUGUGUCCUCGGCGCCGUGCCCACAAAGUCCAGCGGCGUCACGGCCCUGCUGGGCGACAGCUUCAUGCGCUCCGUCUAUACCGUUUUUGACCAGACCAGCAACAUGAUCUUCAUGGCGCCCUAUGCCAACUGCGGCAGCAACGAGCAGAUGAUCCCGGCCAGCCCCAAGGGUGCCGCCGGUAACUUUUCCGGCGAGUGCUCCCCGGGCGAGGGGCUUCCUAGUGCAAGUUCAUCGCAGAAGAGUAGUGCUGGAAAGACGACUGGUGAGCCGAGCAAGUUUGAGUUUUGGACGUGUGCGGCGGUACUGGUCGUCGGCCACGUGGUGUUUGGAAUGUUGUUAUGAUUUAUGAAUUUUCUUUGUCGAGGGUGUCUGAGACCAGAGCAGCAACGUCGUAUGACGUCGGCGUGGCUUUUUAUAAAAAGAAAGAGAGAGAAGACAAAAAAAAAGAUGAAAAAGACAUAGAACUGUAUAAUAGUCUAUGAGAAACGCAC